AUGGCGGAAUACGAUCUAUCAAAAACGAUAAUACCCUACCUGGAUCGCCACCUGGCGUUUCCCUUGUUGGCCCAUCUGGUCGAAACUUCGCUUUUCCCGGUCGAGCAGGUUCAAGCAGCACAGUAUGAACUUGCAAAGGGCACCAACAUGCUGGAUUAUGCAGUCAGCCUGUUCGAGCAGCUGCACCCUGAUGAAGAGAUCCCCGAAGAGUUCUCGGGGAAACGAGAGAAGGCUGUAUCAACAAACGAGCGACUACAGCUGGAGGCUCAAGCCGUUCUUGAUGUGAUCGAGAACCCAGAUGUUGCACAGGCAUUGCGUCAAGAUAAAAAUCAGAAUUUGCAGUACCUAAAAGAUAACUACAACCUCACCCUCGAACAAAUCACUGCUUUAUACAACUUUGGGCAGUUCCAAUAUACCUACGGCAACUACAGCGGUGCCGCAGACUAUCUGUAUCACUUCCGUGUACUUUCAACUGAUAACGAUCUCAACACUUCUGCGCACUGGGGUAAACUUGCUUCCGAUAUCCUCACUGGAAAAUGGGAGACAGCUCUCGAAGAACUGAACACCUUACGCGAUGUUGUUGACUCGCGCUCACCUUCGACACUCUUAACUGCAUCUGCUGAGCCCGCAGCCCUUACGCAACUUCACUCGCGGACGUGGCUUGUUCAUUGGUCUCUUUUUGUCUACUUCAAUCACCCGCAGGGCCGGACACUCCUCCUCGAGACUUUCCUCUCGCCCACUUACCUUAACACCAUCCAAACCUCCUGUCCUUGGAUCCUUCGGUACAUAGCCACUGCCGCCAUCCUGUCUCGCAAGUCAGCUGCAGGUGGGACUGCUGCUUCUUCGCGUGUACGACACUCGAUACGCGAGAUCGUCAAGGUCAUCCAGACGGAGGAGUACCAAUAUCAGGAUCCCGUUACAUCUUUCCUGAAAGAGCUUUAUGUCGAAUUUGAUUUUGAGGCCGCACAACGUGAGCUAACGCUUGCCGACCGCGUGGUCGGAGAUGAUUUCUUCCUUGGAGAGUUCAGAGAGGAGUUCCUCGAUAAUGCACGCUACCUGAUUAGCGAGGCAUACUGCCGUAUACACCGACGUAUCGAUAUUGGCGACCUUUCGGAACGUCUUAAUCUCUCGCGAGAUGAAGGCGAGAAAUGGAUUGUCAACCUCAUCCGCGAAACUCGUAUGGGCGCAGAAGCGAAGAUCGACCUAGAAAAGAACGUCAUCGAGAUCCACCGUUCACCAUUACCAGUAUAUCAAUCAGUUAUUGAGAAAACGCGUGGUCUGGCGUUCCGGACGCAGGCUUUGGGUACCGGUAUGCUUCACAGUCCACAGCAGCCACAACAGAGUCAGCCGCAGUCCGCUGUUGUUGAGGGGGCUCUGUGAUUAGAGCUUAUCUGCACUUGUGCGUGCUUCAUGGGUCUUGCUACUCGAAAAUGACCGCUGUAGUCUUUCGCGAUAUCUUACGGUUGUAGAGUAUACAUUUGUCUGCUUACCUACCCUGUUGUCCACUCAGUUUUGACAAAUCUGCGCAAAACCGAAUCUAUCAAGGUAAACUUGGAGUGACUGCACGCUCCGUAUCGAUACAAGUAAUCUAUUUCUCUCCUCUGGGAUAUCCAUUUCUCCAGCACAAUAUUUCGUAGCCAUUUGUGAUGAUGUGCUCUCCACCACCAAAUGCGACAUUGCAUCCCCC